CGCUGUCAUGGCGGCGCCCUAACAGCAGAAAUGACAUCUGAUUUAGGAUUUUAUUCCCUUCUAUUGAUUUCUUCCUCUUCGUUAUUUUGCCUUUCACGAUGCCGCGUUGAAACAAACAAAGUGAAUGUCUUUUUGAACGGAUUUUAUCAUUGUUUUUAUUAAAUUGCAAUGAAGCGGAUUGCAGCCUUGAUCAGCAGGACCGCGUCAUCAUGUUGGCAUCAUGGAGGCCCAAAACUUACCUCAUUGCCCAUCUGGUCCCCUGGACCACCCUACACCUGUCCUCAAGUCCGGCACCUGGCCGCCAAACAGAAUAAAGGCAGUUUCAAAGGUAAGAAGAUUUUAAAGCCAGUGAAACUAGAAAAACAACAGAAACAGGAGGUGGAGAUCAAACAGAGGAUGACAGUCUAUGAACUCGCUAAAGCCAUGAAUAAAGACAUCGAUCAUGUAUACGAGGCUCUGCUCAACACUGAAGUAGAUUUAGAUGAGCUGGAGCCUGAAACAAUGCUAGAGGAGAAAUGGAUAAAAGAGGCAGUGAAGAGAUCUGGAAUGAAAUACAAGUGGGCCAAACUAGUGGAAACCAAAGUCAGAGAAAACAAAGACGUCCAGAGACGACACCCCCCUGAUCCUGCUCACUUGGUUGACCGACCUCCGGUGGUAACCAUCAUGGGUCACGUUGACCACGGUAAGACCACCCUGUUGGACAGUCUGAGGAAGAGCCAGAUCGCUGCUCAGGAGGCAGGGGGCAUCACGCAACACAUCGGGGCUUUUCGGGUUCAGCUUCCCUCAGGCGAGAAGAUCACCUUUCUCGACACUCCCGGUCACGCUGCGUUUUCUGCCAUGCGGGCACGCGGAGCCAUGGUUACGGAUAUAGUCAUCCUAGUCGUUGCCGCUGACGACGGAGUGAUGAAUCAGACGAUCGAAUCCAUUCAGCAUGCCAAAAAAGCCAAAGUGCCCAUCAUCGUGGCUGUAAAUAAAUGUGAUAAACCUAAGGCCGACCCCCAUCAUGCGAAGGAGGAGCUGUUGGCGCAUGAUGUGGUCUGUGAGGAGUUCGGUGGGGAAAUCCAGGCCAUCCAUGUAUCUGCGUUAAAGGGAGAUCAUUUAUUGGAGCUGGCUGAAGCCACAGUGACUCUAGCGGAGGUCCUGGAGCUGAAGGGAGACCCCACAGGUCUGGUGGAGGGGACGGUCAUUGAGAGCCGAACCGACAAAGGCAAAGGGCCCGUUACCACGGCGAUCAUCCAGCGUGGCACUCUCAGGAAGGGCUGUACGCUAGUUGCCGGGACGUGUUGGGCUAAAGUACGCUUUAUGUUUGAUGAAUAUAAUCAGUCCUUGACUGAGGCCGGACCCAGCAUCCCUGUUGAGAUCGUGGGAUGGAAAGAUCUUCCCUCUGCUGGUGAGGAGAUCCUGGAGGUUGAAUCGGAGCAAAGGGCUCGUGAGGUGGUGGAAUGGCGCACCUACGUGGAGGAACAGGGCAAGCUGAAAGAAGACCAGCAGGCCAUCGAAGCCAAGCAGAAGCAGCACCAAGACGUCUAUAAGAAGGACAGAGAGAGCACGGCCCAUCUCACCUGGAAACAGAGAAGAGCUGCCAUGUACCGGGCCAACAAACACAAACUUGCCCACAGGGUCAGCGAGAAGACUGAGACAGAGGAACUCAUGCUGCCCGUCAUCAUCAAAGGGGAUGUCGACGGCUCAGUGGAGGCCAUUUUGAACAUUCUGGAAAGUUACGAUGCCGAUGACCAAUGUCAGCUAGACGUGGUGCAUUUCGGUGUGGGCGACAUCUCAGAGAGUGACAUAAACCUGGCAGAGACGUUCUCAGGUACUAUAUACGGGUUCAACGUAGCUGCAAAUAAAGCGGUUCAGCAGAUGGCUGCUAAGAAGGGCAUUCCCCUGCGAUUACACCGAGUCAUCUACAAACUCAUCGAUGAACUGAAAGAAGAGCUGAGCGGCAAGCUUACCCCAGUCACGGAGGAAAAUAUCAUCGGUGAGGCUUCUGUUCUGGUCAUGUUCGAUGUGACUGUGGGAAAGAAGAAAGUUCCAGUGGCUGGUUGUAGAGUUCAGAAGGGACAGCUGGACAAAAAGAUGAAGUUCAGGCUUGUUCGAGGAAGAGAUGUUCUCUGGGAAGGUUGUGUCACCACAAUGAAACACCUGAAGGAUGAUGUACCGAUAGUGAAGACAGGCAUGGAAUGUGGUCUCAGUAUUGAUGAUGAGGACUUUGAAUUCAGACCCGGCGAUGAAAUUGUUUGUUACAGUGAAUCUGAGACAAAACAAAAUAUAUUUUGGGAUCCAGGAUUUUAAGGGACUUGAAGCACUAGUGUACUUUAACCCACAAUCGCUGCUACCAACUUAUAAAUUAACAUUAAUGUCUUUAUUUUGACUUGACAUCACAACCUGACUGUCUAUAGAAAUGUAUAUGUAUAAUUAAAAUAAAUGAGAAAAUUGCUCAUUGUGGAAUUACAAAAGGUGA